GGUAUCUCUAUAACUACUGAAGGAUUGAAACUUCAUACAUUUGCUCUCUGUGAUUAACUUACAUGAUUGGCCCAAGUCCCAUAACUCUUAUUGCUUUUUUGCAUAAUUAUGCCCCUUUUUUGACUUAAAAAUUCUUGGUUAAUUUUUUGCGAAAAUUCUUGGUUAAUUUUUUGCGUGCAAGCUCGAUUCUUGGUUAAGUUUUUGCGUGCAAGCUUGUAUCUUAAUAACUACAGAAGGGAAUGGAUUGAAACUUCACACACUUGUUCUCUGUGAUUAUCUUACAUGAUUGGCCCAAGUUCUAUAACUCUUAUUUGCUUUUUUUGCAUAAUUAUGUCCCUUUUCGACUUAGAAAUUCUUGGUUAAGUUUUUGCUUGUAAGCUGGUAUCAAGUCCUUGUACCUUUUUGAACAAUUAUAUAUAUUCAUAUGGUUAGGAUUAUUAUACUCAAUGAAACACCCUUGUGACAAGUUUUUGAAUAGUCAAGCAUCAGCUCUUGUUUCAAUUACACAAAUAAACAUAAUUUAAUGCCUAUUAUAAUAACAAGCACUAAAUUAGAUAACUUCUUACUUAAAACCAAUUGGAGGUACAUGUAGAACAUAACAAAGAACAUUGUAUGCUGGGUUUUUUUGUUUUUUUUUGCAUGUAUUUAUGAGAAGAGUCUGUAGCAGGACAAAUGAAAAAUUAAAGCAUAAGCUAUGUCCAAUAGAAUGUGUGAAAAUUGACAAAACAAAAGAAUGAUAGAAUGGAUUGAUAUCAACUGACACCAAAGUGGCAUUUUUGUGUUAUUUUUAAAGGCACACAAUCGCAACUCAAUUUGAUUGCUUUUUUUCAGUGUAGACACAAAUUCAUUUGCUUUUCAAUAAAUGUUAGACUUUUCAAUUAUGUCUACCUCCUAAGAAAAAUCUGAAUCAUAAAGUGAAAGACCAGACUUUUUCAGUCACCAUUUUCUUCCUUGUUCAUAAUUAUUACAAAUUUAAAGGGUUUAAAUGUUAAGAAACAGUACAGCUUUAACAAUUUUUUCAAAGUCUGCCGAUCUCCGCACUUUUUUUAUAGGUGGAUUGUCACCACCACGUCCCUGCGACAGAUGUGACUUUCCGCUCAUCACCUGAUCAGGUGAAAUUCAUGCUGCAUGGUAUUUUCACAGCAGAUCAUUGUAUAAUAACUAAUAUUGCAGUGACAUUUCAAUCUCUUGGGUGACCAUUAAACAAUUAAUUACAUGCAGACUUAUCUGUAAAAAAUAACACACACUGUGUUUGCCCCCCUAAAAUUUUUGAAGGCCGGAAAUUUGGUGCCCUUUUUAAAUGUUAAAUAAAAUAUUUAAAAAUAAUUAAAUGUUGGUUUUCGUUACCGAAAUUCAUUGCCGAUUGUUAAAAUUCCAUAUACAGAUGAAAUUACAGCUUUUAUCAAAGUUAUAUUUAAGUGUUACUGAUUUUUUUCUAACAAGACUACAUGUUACAUGUACGCGAACAUUUAUAUGCGAUAUAGAUCACAUCGAAUCUCCGUGAUUUUCCACCGGGGAUUGCAGGGAUUUUCUUUACCCGUCUGGUGAUUUGUCGCUGUGACUGACCAUAGUAGUCCCCCACGAUUUUCAGCUUGCCGUUAAAAGUACCUGUGGUGACAAAGAUGAAAGUGCAAAAAACGUCUGAGCUGUACUGUACAUGUUUAAAAUUUUAUAUUGAAUGACCUAUAAUCUUGAUCAAUAGUGUAAUAGUCAACUACUACAUGUAUAUAUAUUAUACUUCCAGGAAUGAGAAAAAGAAGUAAACCAGAGAACAUUGCAAUGGAAUGGAUCUUAAGACAGGAUGAUCCUCCGGGGUUUAGGAUUGAAAAGUUUCCAGAUAAAGGAAGAGGAGUUGUGACUACAACAAGAAGACAACAAGGGGAAUUCCUAUUAGUAUACAGAGGGGAAACUAUAUCUGAAGAAGAGGGGGAGAGGCGGGAAAAAGACGGUGGAUCAGGAUACAGGUUCUUCUUUAAGUUCAAGGGAAAAACUAUUUGUAUUGACGCCACAGCAGAAACAUCCAUGCUUGGGCGUUUAGUGAAUCAUGGUUCAAAAAGAGAAAGAAAUUGUAAAAUGAAGGAAGUCAAUGGCCAUUUGUGCUUGUUUGCUAUAAGUGACAUAUUGGAAGAGGAAGAGCUAUUAUAUGAUUACGGACUGACAGAAUUACCUUGGGAAAAACAAAAAAUGAAUGUCAAAGUCCAAGAAAAACUUAAGGGUGAAAGCAACUAUAAAAGAGGCAGUGAUUGCAUCAGAAGGACUGUAAAUUCUUGCCACCUUCAGUGUCCAGAACGAAUUACAAGCACUAAACUUAGAAAAUAUUUGGCAACAGUUUCUCAGGUAAGGUAUAAUUUAAGACAUUGUGUAGAUCUCUGAAAUUGUUUCUUUGAGGUGACAUUGUUUUGCAGAAUCUUAUGUCGAGAUCAUUGAUCAGGCCUCGAUGAAUUUUUUUACCAGGCGAGUGACCGUUCAAAUUAACUCGCCCUUCUUAUGUGACAAGGUU